AUGGCUAACCUUACAAAACUUGAGUUCGUUGCCCUCGAUAUUUCGGGCAAGAACUACCUAUCAUGGGUUCUAGAUGCUGAAAUCCAUCUUGAUGCUAUGGGUCUUGGAGACACCAUUGAAGAAAAAAAUAAAGCAUCCAACCAAGAAAAUGCCAAGGCUAUGAUAUUCUUGCGUCAUCACCUUGAUAAGGCCCUGAAGGUUGAAUAUCUUACUAUUAAGGAUCCGUUCGUUUUAUGGAGAAACUUGAAAGAAAGAUAUGACCACCUGCAGAUGGUCUUCCUCCCAAAAACACGACACGAAUGGAUCAAUCGAAGGCUACAAGAUUUCAAAUCAGUUAUGAAGUACAAUUCUGAGAUGUUCAAAAUUAAUUCUAUAUUGACACUAUGUGAAGAAACGAUUAGUGAUUCUGAUAAGCUGGAAAAGACGUUCUCCACCUUUCAUGCCUCGAAUGUGCUCCUGCAGCAACAAUAUUGA